AUUGGAAAUGACAGUGAUCGUGAGCGGCUCUCCAUCAUGCCUGCUGCCUUGUAUUCUCUCGCCUCCGGUCUUGAACCGAUAGCCGCCACCCGCGACUAGGGUCUGACUUCUGCCCCUGAAACCACCCCGUACUGGUUCCUUUCAGCCUCCCCGCAGAGGAAGCCCUGUGAACUUUCAAAUUGUUAAUACUACUCCGUCACUCCUGCCCCCGACUCCAAAGGGUUGUAGGACUCUUUGGAAGUGUAGCGGACUUCACAGCUCUGAAUGUCAGCUGCUGAGGAUGCUGGUAGACGAUGAAGCAACUGCAGAGGAGCUGGAAGCAGUCUCCUCCUUCAGGAGGAACAAGAAUGUUUCCAGAUGACAGAGCUUAACAAUUUCUGUACGAUAUGGAGAAUUUUGAUUUGGCGGAAACUUUGCAAAAAUCUUCAUCUUCUGCAGACUCUGAUAUCAAAAGUACUCCCCAUUCUCUCGGAUUGAGCUUGCGUGCUAAUAGAAGUAGUCCCCACCUUAGUACAAAUGGGGUAUCCUCUUUCUCAGGGAAGACCGGGCCACCUGUCACUCAAGGCACAGUCGAAGUCCUCGCUGCUUUAACACAAGAGCUGCAGAACAGUGACCGGACUGACUCAGAACUUUGGAAGAAUUGUGAGGCCAAGUGGUUGCAGCUGUUCAGUGUGGUUGAGCGACAGUGCCAGGAGCAGAUUGUUGCCCAGCAGGAGCAGUUUCACAGGCAGAUCCAGCGCAUCCAGGAGGAGAUAAGGAAGUUGGUGAAACUGCAGCUCAGCACUGCUUCCUGGCCUUCCUGGAGCAGCGGCUCUGUCAGUGAGCAACAGGUGUCCUCAGAAAGCCAAAUGGGCUGCUUUUCUGAAAACAGCGAAAGAAAUGAGUCUGUUACCAGUUACCCAGAGUCUAAGGGACCCGAGACACAGCCAGAAUUGUCCACGUCCCACCCAGACUGCAAUGUGGACAGCAGCUCAGUGAGCAGUGGCUACGGCACCUUCUGUAUCCUGGAGAUGAACACGCACAAGGCUAAGGAGCCCCCAGAGCCCAUGGAGCCUGAGGAGGCUUCCAAGGGGCAGCACACAGCCCCUGCGGUGCAGGCACAUGCCCCUGUAGGUGGCACAGCAGCCAUAAACUUUUUUGCACAGACCCCUGAAGAGCUUUGUGCACCUCUAAAGGAAGAUGUUUCUACUUUUCCUGGUGAAUUUGAACAUAGUUUUCUUAGUGAAAACAAGAUUUCAGAAGUAUACAGUGGAAAAGCAAAUAGUAGUAAGUCUAUAACGUCAUGGGCACAAAAGCUGAAGCAGAACCAACAAAAGCAAGCACAUACAGAAGAUGGCUACUCAAGACCUAAGCCAGGGAGUGAGUUAAACCGGAAGCCUCCAGUUGAAACAUCUAACCAUGCUGCUGCUGCCGCCACACAUCCUUGUGCCUUUUACCUCAGUAAACCAACUGAAAGCCCAAGUUCUUGCUUGUCUGAUUCAGGAACAGGGCUGACUUACUGGAAGCUGGAGGAGAAGGACUUGUACCACUCUUUGCCUGACACUUUGGAGAAGACGUUUGCACCGUCCUCCCUAGACAGACCACUGAGCCAGGUUCUGACUCUGGAUCCAACCAUACAUAUGAAGCCAAAGGAGAAGGCUGCGGGGAUUCAGCCCCAUGGCUUUUUGAGUGCUCUUGAUGAGAGAAUAUCCUUUUCUCCAGACUCUGUUCUGGAGCCAAGCCUGUGCAGUCACUCUGACAGUGACUUAUUUUCACAAGCAAGUCAUAACGCUUCUCAGGUAUCUGGGUUCCCCAAAUAUCCUUCAACUACGAAAACGUCACCUGUGGACACUUGGAAAAGCCAUGCAUUCCACAGUGAAAGUAGGACGAGUUCCACGGUCCCUUCACUCUGCACCAUCACUAGCAACGAUAUCUCAGUCAGAACUGUAGACGAAGAAAACACUGUCACAGUGGCUUCUGCCUCAGUCAGUCAGUCCCAGCUUCCAGGUACAGCCAACAGUGUCCCAGAAUGCAUUUCAUUGACUUCCCUGGAAGAUCCUGUGAUGUUGUCUAAAAUCCGGCAGAACCUCAAGGAGAAGCAUGCACGACACAUAGCGGAUCUUCGAGCUUACUAUGAAUCAGAGAUAAAUAGUUUGAAACAGAAACUGGAGGCAAAAGACACUUCUGCCGUUGAAGAGUGGAAGAAGAAAAAUGAAAUUCUUGUAGACAGAUGUGGCCAGCUGGACAGUGCAUUGAAUGAAGCUACUAGUCGUAUGCGAACACUUGAGAAUAAGAAUAAUUUGCUAGAAAUAGAAGUGAAUGAUUUGAGAGAACGCUUCAGUGCAGCCAGCAGUGCCUCCAAAAUUUUGCAGGAACGAAUUGAGGAAAUGAGAACAAGCAGUAAAGAAAAAGAUAACACCAUCAUUCGGCUAAAGUGUCGGCUGCACGAUCUGGAAGAAGCGUUUGAGAAUGCUUACAAACUCUCAGAUGACAAAGAAGCUAGGCUGAAACAAGAAAACAAAAUGUUUCAGGAUCUUUUAGGAGAGUACGAGUCCCUCGGAAAAGAGCACGGGCGUGUAAAGGAUACAUUAAACACAACUGAGAACAAAUUGCUUGAUGCACACACUCAGAUUUCUGAUUUGAAAAGGAUGAUCUCAAAACUCGAAACCCAGGUGAAACAAGUAGAGCAUGAGAAUACGCUGAGUCUUCGUCACAGCGCUAGAGCUCCCACGAGGCCAUCCCGGGCCAACACACUGGCGACCUCAGAUGUUAGUAGGAGAAAGUGGCUGAUUCCAGGAGCAGAGUAUUCCAUUUUUACUGGGCAGCCUCUGGACACCCGAGACAGGAAGACAGAUAAUCAGUUGGAGGAAUCCCGUGUUCCCGGAUACCAUUCUCCUCCAGAAAAGGACUCUUCCCUUGGAUGUUCACCUUCAAGCUUAUUGAUUAAAAAGCAGAGGGAUGCUCCAGACACACCAAUCGUGAAAACUUUAAAGGAACUUGAUGAUGAAAGAAUAUUUAAGAAUUGGGGGACACAGACAGAGAAAGAGGAUACCUCAAGUAAAUUAGUGAAUCCUCGGCAAACUGAACCUUCAGUCAAUACAGGCUGUGCCCAGCAGAGACCAAAGAGACAGAGUUCAGCUUCACAAAGAUCGUCGUCUCUCCCACCCUCCAGUCGUAAAGCCAACACUCCAACAAAAAGAGAGAUUAUGUUAACACCAGUGACUGUGGCUUAUAGUCCUAAGCGAUCCCCUAAAGAAAAUUUGUCCCCAGGAUUUAGUCAUCUACUUAGCAAACAUGAAAGCAGUCCUAUUCGAUUUGAUAUCCUUUUGGAUGAUUUAGAUACCGUUCCUGUGUCCACACUACAAAAAACCAGUCCAAGGAAACAGCUCCAGUUUCUUCCUCUAGAUGACUCGGAAGAACAAAAAUACUCACAAAAAGUCAGUGACAACCCUGUUAAUCAUAGCUCUUGUCCUGAACCCUUGCCAAGUGGAGUGAAGAAAGUGCCCGCACGACAAGCCUGGGAGAAGAGUAAAUCAGUCAGCCUUGAGCAGUGUAAGCCGGUGUCAGCAGCACUACAGGGUAACGAUUUUGAAUAUACAGCAAAAAUUAGGACCCUGGCUGAAACGGAGCGAUUCUUUGAUGAACUUACCAAAGAAAAAGACCAGAUUGAGGCAGCAUUAAGCCGGAUGCCUUCUCCUGGAGGAAGAAUCACUUUACAAACAAGACUGAAUCAGGAAGCCUUGGAAGAUCGUUUGGAAAGGAUCAAUCGUGAACUGGGUUCAGUUCGAAUGACACUCAAGAAGUUUCAUAUCUUGCGCAGCUCUGCAAACCUUUGAGAUUGGUAGCCAUUAAAUCUGAGACAUUUUUGUUUGCACUGAUGUACAGUUCUGCACUCAGAAAAGACAAGCUUUUUGUACUGUUUAUAAGACUUCAAACAGUAGUUUUACAAUCAUGUUAUUCUUACACUUGCUAUUUUAUACUCAAAUGGCCACAUAUUUUCAAGAUAUUUUUGUUUUAUGCUCAGGAACCUCUUGUAUAUUUUACUAUUUAAAAAGCAUUAUUUUUUAAAUAGCGUAUGUCUUCAAUUUCUAUCAACAAUAAGAAAAUGUAAACAGGAGGUGGCUUGUUGCUAAGGAAAUAGUAUUAUCCUUUUACAAUGAACUUUGCACACUGAUUUUAUAAACUUGUUCUACAUUGUAAAUAUAAUUCAUUUUUAAAAUAAAUGCUUCACAGCUUUCAUAGGGAUAGACUAACAUGUUGAAUAUUAAAAAAUUAUAGUAUAAUUUGCAUUUAGAUUCUGUAGAAGUGUUUUAGAAAUGAUAACACAGUUUCUAUGUUAAACUUAUGCCUUGUAAUGAAUAGUAGAACGGUUAAGCCAGCAAGAUGGCUUAGCAGGUAGAAACGCUUGCCACCAAGCCUGAGGACCAUUUUGAAAUCCAGGACCCACAUAUGAGAAAGAAAUUACUUUUGUAAAUUGUCUUCUGACCUCUACAUAUACACUUCGGCACGUUCACACACCAAUAAAUAAUUAAACAUAAAAAUUAAUAUGACUUGAACACUGGAGAGUUUAAAAACUACAUAUAACUUGUUUGAUUUCUCUGAAAAUAUUUUUAAGGAAAGAAAACAAAGAUGAAGAGCAGCAGGUGGCGAGCUGGGGUUUUCUGCCCCCAUCCAGGAUGUAAGUUGUGUCACAGCUUGGACAGUUUCCAGUGUAGCUCCAGUUUCUAUUAAACAUAAAGCUUUAGCUUCCAAAGCCAUUACCCUCUUAACCUCACUGACCUACCAUUCCACCCUUGCCAAAAAGAAAAAGACCUGCGUAGUAGCUGCUAUGAUAACUGUUGGUCUGGGUUCAGAGCACUCUACUCUGCCUGAUAAAGGACAGGGUUUAUGUCCAGAUAGAGCUUGGUGUUUUUCCCAGGGCCCUGCUGUGGCCCAUAGCCCACCACAUGGGUGGCAUUCCCUGCUCUCUCUGAGAGCAUCAUGUGGGCAGGAGAAGCUUUUCUGGUCGAGGAGCAGCACGUAUUCUGUUUGUGUUGGGACUGUUGGUGAUAUCUGCACUGCUCACCCCCUCACUUUCUGGUGACCAGUCCGAACUCAACACCCAUGUUCUUGGAAUCUGAGCUCUCAUAGUUGAUUUCCAGGGCUAGUGCUCAAGGUUUUGAUUUUGGUUUGCCUCUGAGUUCUUUCCACGCAUGUAGCUCUUCAUAUACAUGUAUAAUGAACCAAGACAUGCCAGCAAUCCCAUUAAGGUGUGUAUGCCUCAGCAGAACAUCAGGUGGUCUUCGAACAUCUUCUGAUCAAAGCUUUACCUGGCGAUCGAUCGGCCUGGACCCUGUCCUACUUGUGGGGACUCUCAGGUAGGAGGGCAUCCUUGGGAUAGGACUAAACCUUGGAGUUCACAUUCCGUAACCAGUUGAAGACUUAAUCAGGAUUUCUUAUCAUUAGAAGUAAGUGCCUUUAUUCUUGGUUUUUCUUUUAGCCUUUUAAAAAUUAUGUUACAGUAAAACAAGAUUCAUUUUAAUCAAGCUCCUGUACAGCUUGUGUCUAGAGCUUAUAAGGGGAUAGACUAUUUCUUAAGAUGUCCCUGUAGGUGACAUGCAGCAUUCACGGCUGGAGUACAGUAUGCCCAGUGGUAGAGUGCUUGCCUUGCAUGUGAGGUCAACAAACAAGACAACUCGAACAAUCCCACCGUGUUUUUGUUUAUCUCAUUGUUUUCUCCUUUUAUUGUACAGUCUACUCUAUUCUCAAGAAGCAGGAGAUUGCCACUUCAGAAGAGAUGGUAGCUUUAUCUUGCCAAGGAGUUAUCUUCUUAGGUGCCUAUAAUUGGCUUAUUCCAAAAAAGGCAUUAAGUUCCAUCAAAACAUCUUCUGUGCUUCUCAGAAAGCAUAUGCUUUGGUUUUUGAAGUGUGUAAUAGAUUUAAGCUAUCAAUUAAUUAUUUGAAAAAGAAAUUUUAUUCUUCAUAGCAAUGAAGAAAGACACCAAGGAAAAUUCUUGCAGCCGCCUUUCCCCUUAGUAAUGCAUAUCUUAAGAACACUUGAAUAACAAUCAAGUUUGCCUCAAAGUGGGGAAGGUAGCAGUCUUAAAGAGCAUCUGCUGCCCAAGGGAGCCAAACUGUUUCUGUGCUGAGGUUAUGCUGCAGCUAGUAAAAAACAAACCACCAAGAACCCCAGUGAGUCUGAGGCUUCUGGGAAGUGCCUUUUAAAUGUGGAGAUCUGCCCUUCCUUCUCAGAGGCCAGCUACAGAGCUUGGAGGGAUGACUCUCCCUCCAAGCCAGACAGACAGACCUGGUUAUACCCUGACUCAGGCUGGCUUUCCUCACUUUAUAGACCAAAUGAUAGGGGAUUGUCCCUUUCAGCAGAAGGGGCCGAUAGGCCAGUGCUUCCUUAAGUGUGUACCAAACAGCGUGUUUCAGAUUCAUCAAUUCCUAGGAUUUUGAGAUAGUGUUUUGUUUUUUUUUGUUUUUUGUUUUCUUUUAAAGGCACAUGCUAACGACUCCACCACUGAGCUAUAUUUCCAACCCAGUGGGUUUUUUUUUUUAAAGUUGAUGGUUUUGUCCCAGCCACUCCAUUGGGUUGUCAUUUGUGUUAGGUGGUCUAUGUUGUCUUUGCUCUUUGAUAAAAGUUAAGGGUUUUCUUGGAUUGUAAAUGAAUUUCCUUGGUAUGUUAUUUAUUGGUUGACUAAAAUUAUAAAAUGUUAACUCAUCAAAUGUAAAUUCAGAAAGCAUUUUGAUCUUAAUGGAUGGAAGGGUAUUACGGGACAUAAAUAUUGGCUUUUUCCAUUAUAGUUUACUGCAAGUUUAACCAAAAUAAUUUUUCCCUCAAAUGUUUUAUGAUUAGACCUCUAAAGAGGAUGGACCACCUGGAAGAAGUGCCUGCCACCGAGUCUUAGAUUUAUAUGAAUUUACAAGCAUCGAGAGACUAGUGGAAUCCUUUUAACAUAUAAAAGCCAGGUGCUUUGCCAAAUCCUGUGAAGCCUGAACCCAAAUAUGUAGUGAAAUCAGACAUUUUCAUCGUCUUAGUAUCAUAUGACUCAACAGUUUCCACUAAUUUUAAAUGUGCCAUUUUGUACUGCAAGUCUUUAAAACCUUAAAAUAAGUGGCACGUGGAGACCUUUCGGAAUGAAGGGAGAGCAUUCAUCAAUGGGUCAUGCACACUUCUGGAUGUUGCAAGCCUGGCUAAACCCUGGCAUUGCACAAAUUUUGACAGGAGUUAUUUCCUGCUCUGCCAAGAGCAAUACGGAAGUUUAACACCUUGUCGAACUAGUCCAAUGCUUGAGGACCUCACUAAAACCCUUUCCCCAUAUAUUUGCCCUUUAUUUCACUGGAGACUUCAAAUACAGGAGGAACCAAGCCAUAACUUCGCAUUUGCUGAACAUUACCUACCAUGCCCUCACUAUAAGAUUUCAAAGGUUAAUUGUAUUCUACUUACAUUGGAUACUUUGACUGUAACCCAUAAUGUGAAAAACAAUUGCUUAUACAUUGCUGCUGUUGAUCAGGCAAGUGCUUAUUAUGGUUGUUUGUUUUUUUUUUUGUUUUAAAUCUGGUCAAACACCGGAAUAAUGAAGUUGUAAGCUCUGUGAGAGCAGGGACCAUGUCAUCUUCCAUCUUGCAUCUAGGCACCCAAUAAAUAUUUGUGGAUCUGA